AUGAAGUUCACCGCCCUCGCUACGUCUCCGCUGCUGUUUGCUUCGGCUUCAGUCGCCACCGCAGUCUCUCUUCCUGUGCCACAGGCCCCAUCUAAUAAUCCCCAAGGCAUUCCCCAAGGCGCCGAUUUCCAUCAGGAGCACAAUGAUUGUGCUUAUUUCACCAUUGGUACUUUUGACACUUCCUUUAGCGAGUUUAGUGUCUCUCUGGUUGAUGAACCUGUCGAUGGGCACCUAGUCAAUGGCUUCUGCCUCAAUCGUUCUUCUGGACUCGUCCAAGACAGUCAGCGGAACAAUUGUAUCUUCGACGACAAGCUCGAAAGUCUCAGUUGCUCUGGUGCCGUAGCUGGCACGACCAAAUUUCGCCUGGGCAUCCGUCAACCGCCAACCGUCAAUUACAUUAAGCGGUCGGAGGCCCCUCAAAUGACGCCAUGUACCUCUCUUUUGAGGAACGUCUGCUUGGAUAUUGUAAAAGAUCAGUAUGCCUGGUGCUUCCACAAUCCCGCGGAUUCCGACUGCUACAAAUUUAAAUUCUGUCCGUGGCGCCUAAAGAUGGACCCCGAAUACGGCCUCAUCAGCCGCGACAAGUUCAAUCCAGUGUCACCCUCUAUAACUCCGAAAUGCCAAGGAAACUGGCGUGCGCCGAGCAACCCAUCCCUUCCUGCCUGGUUCCAAUAUCUGAGGUGGUGUCGAGAUCAUCCCGAGUCAGACAGAUGCCCCUAUCUGCCGUGGUUCCUGAAUCCCAAGACAGUUCAUUCGGACAACGCAUUCAACAAUGCCAUUGACUUCAUCUGGUGCCAGGUCCUCGGCCAGUGCCAAAAUUCCAACUCGUCCACACUGACGCCGCCAAAGGUCGUUCAAUUAAUUCAGGACGGGCUGGAACACUUCUGCACAAGGCAUCCUCCCUCGUGUGUCUUGAUCCCUUCCGUCAUGGAGGUCGUCUUAUCGUCUAUGGAAGUCACCGCCGACGUCUGGAGGCUUUACGAAGCUAUUCUCACUGGCUCUAGUCUCGGAGACUUCAAUCGACCGACUAUACCAAAAUUGCCCCAGGCUAGCCACGCCGCCCUCGCCCCGUCCGAGCAUUCAAAUGACCAAGGCGGUCAUGCUGUCAUCAAGGACGCCCUCCAAUCAGCUACCCUGGAGUUCAUUUGCGAAGAGAUCUGCAGCCCACUGUGUGAUUACAUCCCUUCGGUUAUGACAAUCAUCAGUUCGAUAUUGGAAGGCGAUGCCGACUUGCAGCAACUUGCCGUUGCGUUCCGGCAGCAUCUUACCAGCCUUACUCCAACCGACGUCUCGGCACUGACUGAAGGAGCUGAGGAUGUCUUCGACAUCUUCGCCACCACACCAUCAAAGUUGGGGGAACUAGUUAACGCUCUCGAAACAGAUUUCGAAAGGAUCGGCCUUCACGGGACUUGGAAGCUACUCCGAGCUGGCUUAUCCGUUUACUUCAACCUCACCCCAUCUGACGAGACGAAGCUAUUUCAGGCACUUGGGGACAUUAUCGCCCGUUUCCAUCCACUUAGUACUUCAAAUUAG